UCGUCAACAGCGCAUAUAAAUUUUAAUAAAAACGCGAGUUUCAAGUGCAUAGAGUUCCGGUGGGAUUGUCGUUGUCGUUAAUCAGCAAGCAGCCAGCCCUUCGAGCGGACGCGGUUACGUAUACGCCUCGGUGUCUGCAAUUGUAUUUGGGAAAAAGUUUGCAACUUACAUAAUAACAAAGCGCGGCUCAAACGCGUGUGUUUGUGCGCGACGUGUCACUAUACGCUUGUGUAGUCAGGACAAUUCUCCAAAAGAACUUUAAACGAAGAAAGUAAAGUAAAAAAAACACUACUCAGCUACACAAACAACGACAAAGCUCCUGGAAUAUUUCGAUGAGUUACACCGCAAUAGCAAGAACAAGAAAAAAAUAAACCAAAAUUUGCAGAAACCAACAUAAAUUAGUAACAACAACAACAAAAGUUAUACAACAACAAAAAUACAAGAUAGACAAAGAAUUCUCAACCAGUUAAUAAGUGAACUAAAGAAAGCAAGCUUAAUAUUUAAUACAACAAAAACAACAUUACAACCAACAAAAAUAAUAAGAAUGCGCUUAAAACUUUAAAGCCCACAGACGGCAACCACAAACAUAAAUAAAGACACACUUACAAACAAACAGACAGACAGACGGCCGCAGACAAAAGUCAAGUCAUUUCGGAAUACGAACAUACAAAUUUAUAAGAAAUUGCCAAAACAAAAGCAAAUAGCAACAGCAACCAUUAAAUAGUUUGAAAAACGUGCAGCCGCAAAACGCGAGCGAUUAAAUUUGCAUUAACAGCACGCAGCAAUAACAACAACAGCAGCCGCAACCACAAGCAUAAAAAAUAAGCAAAUAGUCUCAGCUUACGAACAAAGGGCAGAGGCAAAGGAGCAGCCAAAUAAUUGAAAUAAACCUGCAAGCCACAGCAACAACAACGGCAGCACGUUCGUUAUAAUUAAAUUAUCACGACGCGACAGUAUUCGACAACAAAGGCAACAACAAAUCAAUAUAUUAACAUUACUAUAAAAACGGCAACAACAGCAAUAACAAACAGCGCAAUUCCAAAACGGUGACAGCGCCAUCUACUUGCCUACAGACAAGCAUACAUACCAAUAACCAAAUUAACAAAUAUAAUAAAGUAAAGUGCGUCUGCAGCGGCGGCGAUUACGAUUGAUACAUACUUACAUAGAAUAAAUCAAAAGCAGUCGCGGCAGCAAUAACAACAGCAAUAAGCAGUACAGCAACAGCAACAAAAUGCAUAUAGAAAUUCAGGUGGCGUUAAAUUUCGUGAUUUCGUAUCUUUACAACAAACUGCCAAGGCGACGUGUGAACAUUUUCGGCGAGGAGCUGGAGAAGGCGUUGAAGGAUAAGUUCCAAGGCCACUGGUAUCCGGAGAAACCCUUCAAGGGUUCGGCAUUCCGUUGCUUGAAAACUGGCGAUCCGAUCGAUUCGGUUUUGGAGCGUGCUGCGCGCGAGAGCGGUGUACCUAUUGCUGAUAUUUUAGAGAAUUUGCCUGCCGAGCUGUCAGUUUGGGUGGAUCCCGGCGAGGUCUCCUACCGCAUUGGCGAAAAGGGUGCUGUGAAGAUACUCUACUCGGAAAACAGUGACAAUCAUGAAGACAACACAUCGGCCGAUCGUGAGGUCAAUAAAACCUUCAAUCCCGAAGCGCAAUGUUUUCGUCCCAUCGAUGCGGUCAAUACAAGCAUGAACAAUUUGAGUUUGAGUCCAAAGACUUCACCACAUGCUGGCUCAUCGCCACAUUCGGCAUCCUCCAAUUCGCCCACCUACAAAGGUAGUCCCAAUCCGGCUGCAGCCGCAAACGGUUCUUUCAUGCAGCGCACACAGGCGCCACUAACAUUCACAACAGCCACCUUUGCUCAGACCAAAUUCGGUAGUACCAAAUUGAAAACCAGUUCCAAGCGUACCAAUAGCAGCAGUUCAUACCGCAUGUCGCCCACUGAGUUCUCCAACUACAUUAAACAACGUGCCAUGCAACAACAACAACAGCAACUACAUCAUGGCGGACAUGGUAAUCCGAACCUGGCGCAACCACCGAAUCACUUCGGUCCCAUCGGACCCGUCUCGCCAGCACGUUCGCUCUCACCGAAUCCGCUCUCACUGGGCUUGGGACAGAAUGGCGCCACAGUCGAUCCCUUCUACUUCCCCAACAUGGCCUCCAUGGGCAUGUAUCCACAAUUCAACGGACAUCGAAAUGUUUUCGACACGCAUUUCCAUGCCGCCGAGAAUAACGCGCUCUACGGCGGCGGCGCUGCCAAUCCGGCCAACGGUGUUCACGGCAAAUUUAACAACUAUCUGGAUCCGCAUGGCUUCUACGGCUUGGGCGGUAAUCAGCAUUUGCAGCAAGCUGCUGCGGUGGCGGCUGCUCAUCAGCAGCAACAACAACAGCAAUCGCAAAUGGCACCACCACCCGGCGUUGUGGGCGCACCGUUGUCGGCACAACAGCAACAACAACAACAGCAACAUGUCAAUGGCAACAGCAAACUUGUGGUUGAGAAGAAUGGCGCGGACAACAACAGCAGCAAUAACGGCAAUAACAACAGCAAUAACGGCAUAACUGUGACCGUUUCGAAUGGCAGCAGCGCUGCCGACAACACAAACACCAUCGUCACCAACAACGCAGUCAACAGUACUGCCCAGCAAACAACCACACCAACAGCUGUCAGCCCGUCGCCAUUGGCUGCCGCAGCCGCUGCUGCCGUCGCCGCCAGCGCUGCCGCCGCCGCCGCGGCCAAUAGCAGCCAACAACAACAAGACUCAAACAACUCGAAACUGAUCGAUGGUCUCAACUCGUUCUAUUCCAAUGCAGCCGGUCCCUACCAGCAACUGUUGGUGGCCAAUUAAGGUGUUUGUAAUAUACAUAUUUUUUACAUGGUUCUUUUUCACAUUUUUUUACCGUUGGUUAGUAGCAGCGUGCGCGUGGCGUCGCUGCAGUAGGCAUGCACAGAAUUAUUUUUUUAAAAACUUAUUUUUUUAGUAAAAAGUAAACAGAAAAAACCACUGCAUGAGCAAAAACAAAAAACAAAAAUUAUUAUAAAUAUAUGUAUGUAUAUUGUAUGUUGUACAAAAACAACAUAGCUAAUAUGCAAAACAAAAAAAAAAUAUGGAGAGGGAGCUGUAGCAAGAAGACAGUGCAAAGCGUCAACUUUUUUAAAGAAAAAUUAUAACAAA